AUGGGAGUUAAUCGUAAUUACGAGCGACAAGCUAGAGAAGAGGGUUUUACUUGUUUGUGUUCUUGUGGCUUUUGCGGGAAUUGCGGUGAAGAAGCUCACCGUCCUGUGGAUUGUGAGACGGUGUCAAAAUGGAUACUGAAGAAGGAAUUCAUGCACAUGAGUCGGAUGUAUAUGGGGAUUACAAUGGCUUGUCCUCACUGCCACCAGGACGUGAAGAACCACGGACGUAACCAUACGAGCUGCUCAGUUUGUAAAUAUCAGUUUUGUUGGAUUUGUCAUUGUUCACUUGAAGGUCACAAGGACUGCCACAAGUAUAAGGGUUGUGGUGAGACUGGAAGGGCGCGAGAUCCGAUCCAUAGAUACAUGCAUUAUGUUGAAAGAUGGGCAAGAAACCACUCUUGGAGGCUAAUGGCCAUGGAAGAUUUGGAGAAAUGGCGAUCGGUGCAGCUUAAGAAGCUAAGUGUCAAAACUGGCACACAAAGGCAUGGCUUCAGGUUAGUGGAUACACAUAUAGUCGAGUGUAGGAGAGUCUUGAAAUGGACAUAUGCAUAUGGAUACUACCAUCUUCCUGAGCAGGGACGAACCAAGCGACAGUUUUUCGAGCAUUUGCAAGGUGAGGCUGAAGUUGCUUUGGAGAGGCUUCAUCGUUGUGCAGACCAAGAGUUGAAAUCGUUUGUCAACGAAGCUGAAGAUCCAUCUAAAAGUUUCAAUGAUUUCCGCAGGAAACUAAUUGGUUUGACUAAAGUAACCAAAACCUACUUCGAAAAUCUGGUCGAAGUUUUGGAGUACGAGUGCAAACCAAAAGCAAGCUCCGAAAAACAGAGGCUGGGCACUAGACUUUGA